UGCAUUUCACACACAACUUAACGUGUCCUGUCUCCUUCUAAUUUUAUAAUGCGUUGCAGUCUCCAAAUAAGUUGCCGUGGCCUAUUGUACUGCAUCUGAUUUUCCAAUUAAAAAGAAAGAGGGAAAAAAAGGGAAAGCCAUGUUUGCUACGACAAGAUUGAAAGAUAAGAUGAGUCUAUUGGGGCAUUCUCCAUUCUCUAGUCUUGAGAGAGAGAUAGAAAUGGAAGGAAAAAAGCGAGCGGGUUCAUCAUCGUCUUCCUCUUUCGCUACCGAUCUUUUUGGUUCCAAGGAGUCUUCUUACCCGUCUCCGUCUUCCACGGGUAUCUUCGCCUCUAUCUUUUCGACUUCUUCCAAGGUGUUAGGGAGGGAAUCUUUGCGCCCUGACCUGACCAAGAAAAAGCAAGAUUCUGGCAAUGAAGUUUGGAACGCCAAACCAGGGACUACAGAAAAUGCCUUGCAACAGAGUGAAGGCGAGAGUCAGAGUAUAUCAAACAGAGACACAGGUUCCUUUUACCAGGAACAAAGAGUACAACCAUGUCACCUGAGCUCCUCAAUCUACUAUGGUGGUCAAGACAUCUACUUUCAUCCCCAGAACUCCCAGAGCUCUGGAAUGCCCUCCAUGUUAAAGAAAGAUUCAGGAGAAGAUGAUACUGGCAGUGCUUCAAGAGGAAAUUGGUGGCAGGGGUCUCUCUAUUACUAAAAAGCUGAUGCACCCAGUUUUUCAGAUUCAAUAAAGUUAAGAGGUCAUAUACCUGAGUAUAUCAUCCAUGGAUAAUUUCUUGAUGGUUUUCAUGGACCUAUAACAAGCUGGAUGAAUAAAAGGUUAUCUGCCAUCACUGUACCUUUCAUCUGGAUUUUUUAGAUAUUUAUAAUUGGAAGAAGUUGGCAAAUUACUCUGAUUUCUAAAAUUAGAAAUUAACUUUAAAGGUGUGUUCUAGCGUUUCUCUGCAAAUUUCCAGAAGUUCUGAAAAUGGGAAAUUAAAUGUCAUAAAAACUCCUUUCCCCUGUAAAUCCAUAAUGGUGCUUUAACUUGAAUUAAGUAGUAAGCUGAUUCAUUGGGUUGCAAGUAUUUGCUUGUUUAUUCUGUAUCUGCUUCAUUCUUAAUUAAUCAAGUUGUUCUUAUUUCAUGCUAUGCAGGAGGUCAUGAACAUAGGGUAGCAGUUUCAUCUGCAUUGUAAUAUGAAGAUAGAUGAUCAUGGUAUCAGUCAGCUAAUUGCCGGAAUGCUGGUUGUUACUUUCCUCCAGCCAGAUAACAAAAUCUUUAUAUUUACUGGAUAGUUAUAUGCACCUUCUUUUUCGGUCUUUUGUUUACCAUGAAGGAUGUUGUACGCUUUUCUUUUUUACUGUAAAGAAUGUUUGUUGCAGUGCUUGCAUUUACCAUGGGCUAUAGCUGACUGGUUGAGUACUUUGAAUUUCAGAUUACUUUUUAGUGUCUUGUGUGUA